AUGCCGAACUGGAAUUGGGAUAGCAACUCCAUCAGUCCCAGUUAUUCCACGAGCACGUACUUUACUUCCAGGUUGGAGAUUGACAUUGAGUACAACACGCAGACGGCUGACCCGGAGAAGGCGGCCGCGUUGGCGACAUCCGCGAACAGCACGGCUGCAGACCCGACAUCGUUAGUGGGCUCGCUCGCUACCGGCUUCGCCGACGCGGGCAUCACUUUCGACGUGAUUAGCUCGGUCCCAGAGCUGUCGCUGCUGGCCGUCGAAGCCCGUGCGGAGCGGUUUGGUCGUGCGUGCUCUGACUUGUAUUUCGAGUCCCUGGAUUUGACCAGCACGCGGGUUGACGAAUUGAGCUCCUGGGGCUUGCGAUUCUCCGCCAGUGUUCCAAACUUGCACGUCGAGGCAGGGUGGCUGCAUAUCAGGCAUGGCGAUGUCAAGGUGCGCUGGGGCCACACCGCCGAGGGUGUCGAAUACAUCAACGUGUUCGUUCGCCACUUGAGCAGGGCGGGCUUCCCUGUUGGUGGGCUACUUGGGGAUGGCGACCACUCCAAGUUGGGCAAGCUGAUCGGCGCGCUGACGAUCCUCAACGGGAUCAUCGUGCUGGCGAUGCCGAUCGGCGUGGUCGGCGCAAACUUCAGCGCCGAGUACUACCGAGUUCAGGACGAGAAGAAGAGGAGGGUCAAGCUGAAGCAGCAGAUGCGGACCCGGGCGCAGGUGGAGGAAGAGCAGGACGCCGCUCUCACGAAGGCGACUGGCGAGACGGACGCCCUCGAGUCCAACGAGUCCGAGCGCGGCAUCGAGCUGUGCCGCGUGGACGCCGCGCGGAAGGACAUCGUCGUCUGCGCGGAGGACGGAUGUCGAUGA